ACUGGUCACAUGGCAGCUUCUGAUUUAAAAUCAAAGCUUAAGCUGAAUCCUCUAACAAAGGUACCCAUCUACCAUGGCAAGAGGGAUAAAGAGCUGCUGGGAUUUCUCCAAAACCAAGCCCAGCACAAAGAGAAGUUGAAUGCUUCACAAAUGGAAGCCUUCCAAAAUGCCUACAACUUCUUCAACAAGGAUAAAACUGGCAGCAUUGAUUUACAUGGAAUGAUGUGCACUUUAGCUAAAUUGGGAAUGAAUCUAACCAAGCAUGAUGUCUAUAGUGAAUUGAGAUGUGCUGAUAUUGACCGAGAUGGGAAGGUGAACUUCUCAGACUUUAUAAAGGUGCUAACAGACAAGAAUCGCUUCUUCAAGGCAGUGGUUCCAGAAAAGGACACCUGUGGAGAUGUAUCUGGCAGCCCAGGGAACCUGUUGUUUGAGAUCCUCUCAAAGCUUGUAGAGACUUCAGCCCUACCCAGAAAAGCAAUCGGGGAAAUAGUAAGCUAUUUCCGAAGAAAGUUCCAUGACACCACUACAGGAGUAGCAUGGAAUUCCGGUAUGGAUUACGGGAAAAGGCAACUCAGGCCAGACAUAUGCACACCUCCAAGCUCAAGCACAGCUGCCUUUGCCAAUGCCGCCCGGACUGCGAUAAUGAGAGAAAAGGAUUUGUCUAAAUUUCUUGAAGAGCUCAAGAGAUGCAAUCCUCCUUCAGAUAGCCCAUAUUCAAAAAUACCCAUCUUUCCAUUGUUUCCUAAUGUGGAUGGAGUGGUGAUGGGAAAGCCAUUCAAAGACUUACAGAAAUUAGAGCUGCUAAGGAGAAGAGAGCCCCUGCAUUUCUUUGAGAACUAUUUCUUCCACAAAAGAGACUGGAAAGCGCAGGCGACAAAUAUAAAGCCUUUUGAUCCUGCUUCAGGCUACCCACAUGAUAUCUUCACCAUCGACCAAAUGAUCAAGAGAAAGUCGUCUUGGACAGUGACAGACGCUGCAGCUGUUAAACCGCACGUGAAGAGAGUCACAGACAGCUAUAACUUAGGGAUUGGCCUGGAACACCGCAAGGAAAUGCUUGACCUCUGGCGGAAGAUCCGGGGGGAUUUGAUUGGGAUUGAAGCUAAAAAUGAAUCCUUUUAUGACACUUUUUCUACGUACACGUGGUCCUGGAACGUAUGCCAAGAAUUGCUUUCCCCAAAGGACUUAAGAUUAUACGAUGCCUGCGUGAAUAGAAAUUCCUACCAGAAUGCCGGGUUCUCGUCGCCCUCGGACUUCAGUGAGUGCGACGCAGAAACAGGAAGGAAAAGAAAGCGGAAAGGUUCCAGAGGCUUCCGACAAUGA